AACAAAAAACACGUGACCAGUGAUGAGGAAGUGAGUGCAGAGAAGGAAGGCCCACGGGAGUGUGUCUGUCUCUGCUCUGUCGUCUGUGUCUGAGGCUCCAGCAUGACUCACAGGGAGGCUGCUCUGUGUUUAAACCUGCUCCUGUUUCUUCACGUCGUGGCUCAGGUCCGGAGUUAUGGACCGCAGCAGUGGCCCGUCCCCUACAGGCGGUUCGAUCGCCGCCCUGAUGUGGACUCUUACUGUGAAGCUCUCUACCCGUUCUGUCCCACCGGAGACCGAGACGGACGGAUUCCCUACCUGAGAGACAGCGACGUCAUCUCGGUUUAUCGACUGCAAACGCCCGUGUGGGAAUUCAAGUACGGAGAUUUGAUGGGGAAGUUCCACAUCAUGCACGACGCUGUCGGGUUCAGCAGUUCAGAGACGGGCGCCAACUACACCAUGGAGUGGUACGAGCUGUUUCAGCUGGGCAACUGCACCUUCCCUCACCUCAGGCCCGAGCAGUACGCACCUUUCUGGUGCAACCAGGGGGCUGCCUGCUUCUUCGAGGGCAUCGAUGACUUGCACUGGUCACAAAAUGGCACCUUGGAGAAGCUGGGAGAGAUCACAGGGAACCAGUUUAAUGACAUGGCCCAGUGGGUCCAGGACGACAACGAGACUGGGAUCUACUACGAGACGUGGACAGUUCGCUCUGACCCCAGCCCUAACGCCACCGUGUGGUUCGAGUCUUACGACUGCUCCCAGUUUGUCCACCGCACAUACAGGAAACUGACGGAGCUGGGAGCCAAACUGUCCAGCAGAACUCAGACGAACUACACCAAGAUCUACCUGUUCAGCGGCGAGCCCACCUACCUGGGCAACGACAGCGCCAUAUUUGGACAGCCCGCCCUGAAGAAUCUGGCCACGGACAUCCGUAAAUUUUACCACCCGUUCAGGCCGCACCAGUCGUUUAAAGACUUUGCCCUCAGUCUGCUGGAGGCGUACAAACAGGUGGUGCUGGACAAGAGCUUCUACCUCUACUACAACUUCGAGUACUGGCAUCUGCCGAUGAAGCCUCCGUACAUACAGAUCACAUAUGAAGAGGUGCCUUUGCCCUAACAUCAGACUUUCAUUACAGUGUUUUCAUUAAGGUAUCUAAGUAUUUUUUUCAUUAAUGAUCACUCGGUUUUGUUUUGUUUUCCUUUUUGAUUAAAAGAUUGUCCAAAAGCCAAAGAAAAAAUAAUAAAUAAAAUAAUAAUUAUUUUUAAAAAAAAUGUAAAAAGCAGUGAAUCUUUAUGUUCUGAAUGACAAAACAAUCGAUUUAUUGCAAUUAUUAUCGGGGCAGAAUUUCCUUCUACACCCUGGAAACAGCAGCUGUGAAAACACUCCGUCAAGAGGUCCAUUUAGUACCUAUUCUGGAGCUUUCAGUCACAUCACAUGGUCUUCAUAAGCAGAUAGGUCGCCCUGUGUGGACUUCUUGUAAACAAAGUUCAGUUUACAUGUAGUGUUCCUCACCAAAAUGCUCUGUGAUCAUCCUUGAGGCGUGUCAAACGUAUUAAAUGCAUUCCCUGCCUUAUAAAAUGCUUAGGAUGCCAUCUUUAAAAAUGUCUCCAACUGUGCCUUGUUUACAUCCAUGUUUUUUAACUGGUAGUCUUCUCCCUUGCCUUUGUUGGUGAAUUCCUGCAUUUGAACCUGAGAUUAUUUAAAAAAAUAGACGAGAGGUCAUUUGGGUGCUCUUUGCUCUUUUUGUGAUCAAUCAGACAGCCUGUGGCUAUAGCCUAUAGAUAGUUAUGCCAACAUUUGGCCCAUCCCACAUUGAAAGGGGAGACUGGAUGAAUUUGUCAUAAGUAAAAUGAUUAAAUAAAUGUGAACGUGGUCUCACCUGCACAAUUAUUGUAAAACUCACGAGCAGCUCACAUCAGCAGCUGUUUGUCUGUGUUCAGUGACCUACUGAGGGCCAUCUUCAAGCUCCACGUCUUUCUACAGUAAUCCAGUGAUCCAAUAGUUUUUCAACAAGAUCAGUUUUCCAGAAAUGCCUUCCAGCACUUUAAUUCUCCCAGAGUUAGCUUUUUCAACAGGUCGACUCUUCGUCCAAGUCCAAGUGGAAAGUGAGACAUCAAAGUCUGCAGCCCUCAAAUGACCUCUGCUCAGUCACCAUUCUAUCUCUGACAUUUACUGACACGUGCUGUUGCGUGAUAUGUUGUACUCAGACUUGUGAAAUAUAUUUUCAUUUUUUCUAUACAUGUAUGUUUGUUUUCAGCGAUUUGUUUCCAACUGUUUGCUGUCUGUCUGUUACAGUUGAGCUGCUGUGGAGCAACAUGGAAACCAUUAGGCUGGUUUCUGUUUUCUUACAGUCUGAGUCAUAAUUACACUGACUCCGCAUUACUCAUUCAAAAUACAGCAAACCUGUCUGUGAGAUUAAGAACACAGAUGAGAGACAAAGAGAGUGUAGAGAGGGAUUACACUGGCUAACGAAUGAUAUCAAUUGACUAACUUCGUUGUCUACCUGUGCAAUGUGUGGCUGAGAUAGUCUGCUCCCUCUAUGGACUGUCAGAACUGACAGUGUCAUUUAGAUGAGACCAUGAUGAUAAAUCGGUCAGCAUGGUCACAUUUGCAGCCAGGGACACUGUAACAAAGUACACAUGCUGUUUGUGGAAAGUCAAGUUUUGGGCAGAUCCCCGAGUCAGAUAAGACAGUUCAGGCUGAAAAUACGCAGCUAUGAAAACUAUGACCUUUACCUUUUAAUAAAUUCAAAUUCAACCAAA